CUCCGAGGAAGCAUCUUCCCCUUCUCAACGCCAAGAGAUCCUGGAGGGUGGGCGGCGGAAGCGACGCCCUGCAUUGAGGAGUGGGGUGUAUGUUAGGAGGAGGAUGGGAGGUCAGAGAUUAUGAAGAACCAAGAAAGCUGGAGUGACACUUGAAACUCGUCUUCUUGGAUGGAAACUAGUUGAGAUAGCAUGAUGGAUAAUCGUUUUGCCACUGCUUUGGUGAUUGCCUGUGUGCUCAGCCUUAUCUCCACCAUCUACAUGGCAGCCUCAAUUGGCACAGACUUCUGGUAUGAGUACCGCAAUCCAUCACCUCCUGAAAAUAACAGUGAACCUAACAAGGCUUCUUGGGAAGAAUUCAGUUCUGAAGAUGCAGAUGAAAAGACAUACAUGGAUGCGCUUUUUCAGUGGAACGGCACCAUUGGGCUAUGGAGGAGGUGCAUCACAACGACUGAAAACUCUUACUGGUACAAUUCUCCAGGUGAGACAGUGACAAAGUGCAUCAGUUUUUCCCUUUCAGACCAGUUCAUGGAAAAGUACAAGGAACCUGGGAAUCAUAACAGUGGCAGUGACCUGAACCGUACCUACUUGUGGCGUUUACAGUUCCUCCUGCCCUUUGUCAGCCUUGGCCUGAUGUGUUUUGGGGCUCUUAUUGGCCUUUGUGCUUGUGCUUGUCGCAGUCUCUAUCCUGCCAUUGCCACUGGAGUCCUCCACUUCCUAGCAGGUUUGUGCACGCUCGGUUCCGUCGGCUGCUACGUUGCUGGAAUUGAGCUGCUCCACCAGAAGCUUUCCCCUCCUGAGGGUGUGCAAGGCCAGUUUGGCUGGUCCUUCUGUCUAGCCUGUGUCUCUGCCCCUUUGCAGUUCAUGGCUGCUGCCCUCUUCAUCUGGGCUGCACGUACUAACAGGAAGGAAUUUACACUAUUAAAAGCAUACCGUGUAGCAUAACAAGAUAUUUUAAAUUGCUGCUCAAGCCUCUGAUUUUCCUGUCCCCUGCCCCCCCCCCAACUUCCUUUUAAUUAGAAGGGUAUCUGUUUUACAGAGUGCAUGUUUCUUGCCAAUGGAAAUCAAGUGGUCUGCAGCUGUUCAAGUUAAAAGACUUUUGGAGGCCAAAUGACCAGGAACAGCUUUUUCUCGCUAGAUAUCAGAAACAUUUUAAUAAGUGUUUAAACCUUUUUUUAAAACCCUUAAAAUUUCAGUUUGUCUUACCUUAAGAUACUGGAUUUUUUUCUCGUAUAAAGCUGAUUCUCAAAAAAGAGAGCAAGAACAGCAUAAGAGAAGGAGAAAGAAAAUGUGAUUAUAUGAACUUUGGCAGUAUAUAUAUUGUGACUCUUUAGGGAAUGAAUCAAUGCAGCCUUCUUCAUAGAUUUAGCUACUAUGGUAUUUCCAUAUAGUUUAAGAUUAUGUUGUUGUUUAUAACUAUGUUCCCUCCUCUAUGCUAUAUCCCUUUAAACUUUUGGUAUCCUGGUUUGUUGCAAAAAGGCCACUAACCAGCCAUCGGCUUCUUAAUUCCUGUGAACUGACAUCAGGAUUGUUUUUAUACAUAUAGAAGGAAUACCCACUACACUGUUUAAUUUCUAAUUUGAUUACUCUGUAUACACACACACACACACACACACACAUGUAUACAACUGACUUUUAAAACCCUUAUUUAUUUAUGCAGUGCACUAUGUGACUUGGUGUUUUUUUUUGUAUAAGUAUUAUUCCUUGUCACUUGGACUAAAAACAUUUGUUAAAAAAUAAACCCGAGAAAAGGCUCAUUACUUUUA